GGAAAAGUAUUGCUCACUAAAGAAGAACCAGACAGCGAAGGGACGCCAACGUCGGGGACACCUCCGAGCUUUGGUGUCUCCGCCUCACCAUUGACUGUAACGAGCUUCCAGUCUCCAACAACCCUAAAUCUCUCCUCCCUAUUGUAACCAAUAACAACAAAAAAUCUGCAUUUCUCUUCACAAUCGACUUCUGUAGUUCUUCGCAAACUGAAACCUCCUACUUCUUCCCCUCAAAAACCCCCCUCGGAUUUCUGUGGAGAGGAGUUAUUGGACCCUAAUUACUUCCUUGUAUUAGUGUUUCAAAUUCUGCUCUCGGAAUAUCUCUUCAUGAUUUGUUGAAAUGGCAGGAAUCUUGAAUUUUCCGUCGUGUGGGCGAGGGGAAAAUUCAAUAACUGUUGCAGGGAGGGGGUUAGAGUUUUGUUCUACCAUCAGCAUCAAACAAAGGGUUAGAACGAGGGUUUCCAUGCCUUUCGAGGUUGACAUAUUCCACUCCUGUCGAUUGGCUCUAAGUCAUUCAAGGAAGGUGUCUAAGAUCACCAGGCCAAGUAUUCAGAUGGCUUUGGUAGAAGAGAGACUAUCAUGUAGUCAAAAAGUGGCAAAAACUUCUGAAAUCUUGGCUUAUGAUCUUGUUCAAGGAGCUCUAGUUAAUUGGAGUUCUAUUAUGGACAAGUCAAUACCUGAACCACCAACUGCUGUUCUUCUGCACGGUAUUCUUGGUGGCAGGAAGAACUGGGGAUCUUUUGCUCGGAGGUUGGCACAAGAGUUUCCCACAUGGCAGCUUCUGUUGGUAGACUUGCGUUGUCAUGGUGAUUCAGCAUCCAUUAAAAAGAGAGGCCCUCAUACCGUUGGCUCAACAGCUCUUGAUGUGUUGAAGCUUGUUGCUCAUCUUAGAGUAACACCUCGAGUUUUAAUUGGCCACAGUUUUGGAGGCAAAGUUGCCUUAAGCAUGGUUGAACAAGCUGCAAAACCUCUUGCAAGACCAGUCAGAGUCUGGGUGCUAGAUGCAACUCCUGGAAAAGUUCGUGCUGGUGGAGAUCAGGAAGAUCAUCCUGCUGAAUUAAUUGCUUUCCUAAGCAGGUUGCCAAAGCAGGGGCAGGUUUCAUCAAAGCGGGCUGUUGUGGAUGCUCUUGUUCAAGAGGGUUUCUCUACAGAUGUGGCACAGUGGGUGGUAACUAAUCUCCGCCAAACUAGCCCACCUGGUUUGUCAUCGUCGAGCUUCUCAUGGAUCUUUGACCUCAAUGGCAUUGCUGAGAUGUAUAAAUCCUAUGAGGAAACAAACUUAUGGAAAAUUGUAGAUGAUGUGCCUCAAGGUGUCCAUGUGAAUUUCUUGAAAGCAGAGCGGAGCCUGCAUAGAUGGGCCCUUGAAGAUCUCCAGCGGAUUCAUGCUGCAGAGGAGUUGGCUGCGGAUGAGGGAGGUGGAGUUCAGAUGCAUGUCCUUGAAGAUGCUGGGCAUUGGGUAUGUAUCCAUCUCACAUUGUGGCACUUAUUUCUUGUUAAUAUUUGCUUUUUGUAGAAUGUUCCAUGAAUC